AUGAUGACACAGCUGCUCUGCGCUUGGUGGAAAAGGUUUUGGCGAAACACUCGAAGCGAGAUCGACGGCCUUCAACGGCGACUCGGCGAACCCAAGCGCGCUCUCCGGUGUCUAAGACGUGCGGCGGAGCUGGGGCGGCGUUCGUGUGGAAGCGAGCACCUCGAAGUAACGCACCUCAACGCUUGCGCCGUGCUGUCAGAAUUGGGCCGCCACGAAGAAGCGCUGGAGCACGCUAGAUCGGCCGUGUACCAUGGUCAGGAGCUCGAGGGAGCUGGAACGCAUGCAGGCGUGGCAGCAGAGACGGGGAGAAACCAGGAGGGACGAGCAUCGUCAUCAGCAGGAGUCGGAGGGAGCAGAAAAGCACGGCUGGCGACGCUUGCGGUGUCUUACUACAAUCUCGCCGUCGAGUUAGAGUACACACACCGCUACGAGGCGUGCCUCCGCUGGUAUGGCGAGGCCGUCCAGCUGGCGCGUGAUCAAGACGUGCACAACGAGGAGCUCUUGAAGACUUUUCAGCGAUCUUUUGCUGGGGCAAGAAAGAAAUAUGCACCCCUCCAGCUGGGGCGAUCAGGCGGCGCAAAGAAGGGUCCGUCGACAAGGGCGGUUCCCAUCAGGUGCUUUUGA